AUGUCUGACCCACGCAUACCCAAACUGUACCCUCGCAGCACUCCAUCAUGGCAAGAUCGACAGCGAGAAUCAUUCUGGAUGCUCAAUGAAGGCAGAACGCCCUCCUUCAACACCAGACCUGAUCUCCUCGAGAAACUCGCUCGAGAGUGCCUAUCUCGAAACGGCCGUCUCUAUGCAGAAAGCAACGCUGGCUUUGGCUGGACUCACGGGGCAAAUAGACAGGCUUUCUACCGACAUCGCAUCAUCCCACAUAUGCUAGUCGACACUAACAAGCGCGACACAACAACGACUCUAUUCGGCCACAAAUGUGCUGCGCCAAUUGGUUUCUCCCCUGUCGGUAUCAACAAGAUCUACAACAACGCUGGCGAAAUUCCAGUCGCCAAAGUAGCAGGCGAACUUCACUUACCAUACGCCCUCUCGACAGCCGGCAGCUCCAGCAUUGAAGCUGUUGCCGCAGCCAAUGACGAAGGCCGGAAUAUUCCUCAAGCCGUCCACGUCGAAGGCGCCGAUGAGAAUAAGUCCAUCCGCUUCUUCCAGCUCUACCUGCCUCACGAUGACGAAUUGACCAUUUCCCUACUCAAGCGUGCCCACGACUCGGGCUUCACAGCAUGCAUCCUCACCACAGAUACCUGGCAACUCGGCUGGCGCCACGAUGAUGUUGCAACCUCAAAUUAUGCCUUCUACCGUGGCGUGGGAGCAGAGCUCGGUCUCACUGAUCCAGUCUUUCAGAAACGUCUUGCCGAAAAAGAAAUCGACCCGCAAAAAGACCCUGAACGAGCAGCGCAGACCUGGAUCGAUGAGAAUGUCUGGCACGGUCGCGCUUUCGGUUGGGAGAAGAUUCCAUGGGUCAUCAAGACGUGGAAGGAGAUCUCAGGUGGUGCACCAUUUCUAAUCAAGGGGAUCCAAUCAGUAGGCGAUGCGCAAAAGUGUGUUGAUAUUGGCUGUGAUGGAAUUGUGGUCAGUAAUCAUGCUGGAAGACAGGUUGAUGGUGCAAUUGCAAGUCUAGAUGCUCUGGAGAAUAUCAUCAAUGCUGGUAUUGGCGAAAAGAUCGUGGUGACUUUCGACUCUGGUGUGCGCACGCCAAGUGACGCGAUCAAGGCACUAUGUCUUGGUGCGAAGUUCGUCUGGGUGGGAAGAUUAUGGAUCUGGGGUCUAAGUAUAAUGGGAGAAGAGGGUGUCAGACAUGUCAUGAGGUGCUUCUUGGCCGAAUUCGAUAUUGCUAUGGCAGUGGGUGGAUUUAAAAACAUGGACGACUUCACAAGAGACAGGUUGGAAAGCUACCCGAAGAGCUAUUCCAUUUCGGAAAGUUAUACGGCGAAGCUGUAA